UUUAAACCCAGGGACCCGAUUCUUAAGUGGAGGGAGGGAGAAGGGCCGUCCGUGGUCCUGCAGAGGCUGGACUUUUGGGGCUGGUGUUGGAGCGGACACUGACAGAGCCUUCACGCCUUGGUCCAGGAUGCACUUGUCGCUGUCUGUGUCCCUGCUGCUGCUGCUGCUGGUGUGGGGGGGCUGGUGCUCCGGCCUGAACCGGACCUCCACAUCCCCCCUGGAGCCCGCCGACCAGUGCUCUCCCUGCGACUUCCGCGAGCACAGCAAAUUCCUGCGCCUCCAGAGCAUCAAGUCCCAGAUCCUGAGCAUCCUGCGCCUGGAGCGAGCCCCCAACAUCAGCCGGGACAUGAUCCGCACACUGUUGCCCAAAGCCCCCCCGCUCACCCAGCUACUGGACCAGUAUGACCCCCGCGUGGAGGAGGAGGAGCGGGCCAGCACCGAGACUAUCAUCACCAUGGCAACCAAGCCGGACCAACUGAUCCAGCAGCAGCUGUCCACCUGCUGCCUGUUCAGCCUGAGCCCAAAGAUCCAGCCCAGAAACAUCCUGAGCGCUCAGCUGUGGGUGCACCUGCGCCCUCCUCAUGAGGUCAGCAGUGUCUUCCUGCAGAUCUCCCGCCUCAAGCCGGGCAGGGAGGGCAACAGCACCAGGGUGAGGGUGCGAUCCCUCAGACUGGAAAUCGACACUGGGGCAGGGUCCUGGCAGAGCGUGGACAUCAAGUCUCUGCUGCAGGCCUGGCUCCGACAGCCCGAGAACAACUACGGCAUCGAGAUCAACGCCUUUGACUCACAGGGAGAGGACCUGGCUGUGAAGUCGGCCGAGCCCGGGGAGGAGGGGCUGCAACCCUUCAUUGAGGUGAAGAUCCUGGACAGCCCCAAGCGUUCCCGGCGUGAUGCAGGUCUCAACUGUGAUGAAAAGUCUUCAGAGACACGCUGCUGCCGUUACCCGCUCACUGUGGACUUUGAGGAGUUUGGCUGGGACUGGAUUAUCGCCCCAAAGCGUUACCGCGCCAACUACUGCUCCGGAGAGUGUGAGUUCAUGCACCACCAGCAGUACCCCCACGCCCACCUGGUGAUCAAAGCCAACCCCAGGGGCACGGCCGGGCCCUGCUGCACCCCCACCAAGAUGUCCCCCAUCAACAUGCUCUACUUCAACCGCAAGGAGCAGAUCUAUGGCAAGAUCCCCUCCAUGGUGGUGGACCACUGUGGCUGCUCCUGA